CAACUAAUUACUCCGGGAAAAAAACGUACAUGCUAAAAACUCAACUACUUUUUUGCUUUCUCCUAAUCUUCUCCGUCGCCCCUUCACUGUCUCUCUCUUUGAUCUGAUCUCCGUCUCGAUUAUGACUCAAAAAACUGAUAAAAUACAAAAUCGGAGGAAUCCUAAUCCAUAAUCAUCAGAUUGUUCAUCGAUUUAUUCAAAAAAAGAUCUGGCAUCUCUAAUAGUAGAUUGGCCAUCUCCGUUAAAAUCUUUGAAGAUUAGCAUGUAAUAGUUAAAGUCAGUGUUAAUUUGGAAUCUUUGGGUACAUCGAAACUCAAUUACAUGAUGACCAGAUAUUGGAAUCAUUGCAAGAGAUGAUCCUAACGAAGCAUUAUUCUCUAUUCAUAAUUUUACUAAGAGCAUAAGCAGCGGGUGAUAGUUCAGGUUUACAUCUUUUAAAACUUUUUCCUUGUUCUUUUGAAAUUAUUAUGUGUUUACUAAAAGCAUGUCUUAUCCUUUACACGGUUGAUAUGAGACAUAUAGUGAAGGAAAACAAAGACUGAAACAAACGAAUGAAAAGCAUAAACAACUUGUCUUGCAUAUCAGGUGAUGAAGGUGUCAUUGAUAAGAAUUGGUCAUGUUGGAGAAGAAAGAUCAGUAACCGUUGGAUCACAAAUAUCAAAUAGAAUUCCAAACCUUGCGAACAAACCAAGGGUAUUAAGAGAAGUUCUAAAAGUUAUCUCGCUAUGAAGCGGCAGAAGGGUGGUCUAAGCAUUUCUCAGCGCGUUACGCGAUCGACGACCAGACUUGAUAGAAACUCACUGACGCUUCCUGUUGAGGUUAUUACAGAGAUAUUCUUGAGGCUGCCGUUGAAUUCUAUAGCGACAUGUCGUUGCGUAUGCAAGCUCUGGUCCUCCGUGCUUCGCAGUCAAGAUUUCACAGACUCCUUCUUGACCAAAUCUUGCGCUCGCCCUCAGCUUCUUUUCGCAUGCUCUGAUUACCGCCACGAGAUUCACUUCCUCUCGUCGCCCCAGCCUGAAAAUCCGGAAGACAACUCGCAUGUUGUAGCCGCCAAUCACCUCGCGUGUUUCCCAACCUCCUAUGGCUUAUUUGGUUGUACCAAUGGCUUCUUCUGUUAUGGAGCUAACCAGGGCAAGAACAAAGCAGGGAUUGUCACGGUGAUAUGUAACCCCAGCACAGGACAGUCCUUGACAUUACCAAGAUUGAACUCGAAAGACAAGUAUAGAGUGGAAAGCUAUCUUGGAUAUGACCCCGUUGCGAAAGAGUUCAAGGUGUUGUCUGUAUGUGAUGAUGGUAAGGAGCACCAUGUUCUGACAUUAGGAACCAAGAAACUGUCCUGGAGGGUGGUCGAAUGUUGCAUCCCACACUCUUCUUCAAGUAAGUGGAUAUCCAUCAGUGGGGUUUUGUACUAUAUAGCUGCAGAACCUAGGUCUUCUUCACGGGAAUCUAUGGUAGUUUGUUUUGAUUUGAGGUCUGAGAAGUUCAGCUCUGUGAAGCUCUUGGGAGGUUUCACUAAAGCACUGCCUCUUUCAGCAACUAUGAUAAACUACAAUGGCAGAUUAGCUUUGCUUAUGUCGUCGGAAGAUACUUGUUAUGUUUUUCGAACAUGUAAACGUUUUAAGCUGUGGGUUCUUCGAGAUGCUGCAAAACAUGAGUGGUCCAAGCGUGUAUACGUAUUACCACCUUCGUGGAAUGAUUUGGUUACGGGGCCCAUGUACAUCGCUGGAAUGGUUGGUACCAAAGAAAUCGUCUUCUCCCCGCACUGCCAAAUAGUGCCUUCCUAUGUCAUCUACUUCAAUGUCAAGAGCAAGACGAUCAGAAAAGUCGGAAUCCAAGGAAUGGAAGCGUUUCAGGGUGAGAUGAUAAACACCUAUCUCAACUAUGUUGAGAAUGUGGAGCUUCUUUAAGCAAUUUUAUAAGUGAGAGACAAGUGUAGUAUUCAUUUGGAGCGUGUUUCUUAGUUAAAAAAACUAACUCUUGUAGAAGAUUCAACAAGGGUAUGAUAGACAAUCUUCUUGUUACAAAAUGCUGUAAUAGAGAGAGCACAAGUUUUCUUAAGCUUGCCAGAGAAUGAUGUUUGUCCAGACCCUUGUAGAUGAUAUGAUAAAUCACAAGUUGUAUAUCUAUUU